CUCGACUGCCAGGUGUUCCACAACUCGGCGUCGCGUCCUGGGCCACCAAGUGGACGCGGUCGUCAAUGUCCGCCUCCUCGGUGACACCUUCCUCUGCAUGCCACAACAACCACACCCACCACACAACCACCACCUUCAAUCACACCCGUUGCUAAGCGCAGAACACCUCCAACACGCUCAAAUAACGACCCAUUCAACAACUUUCCACUCGUUCACCAGCCUACAGACACCAUGGCAGCCCUCCCUCCCUUUGUUGACACGCGCAUCGACGCUCUCGAUGAGAUCUACGACAGGCUCCAGGCCACCCUUGACACGAACAAGACGCUCGACAUUGCCUACAGGAACUACAACCUCAAGCAGCUCUACUUCCUCCUCACGGACAAUGAGGAGCGUAUCCAGGCCUCGCUCAAGGCCGACCUCGACAAGGCGGGCUUUGACGCCAACGUCGGCGACAUCUGGCCCGUCAUCAACCAGAUUGCGCUCGCUAUCAAGCGCCUUCCCCAGUGGAUGAAGCCUGAGUCGGCGAGCAAGGAUGCAUCGACCAUGUUCAAGCUCAUGCGCCCGCGUGUCGUCAAGCAGCCCAAGGGUGUCUCGCUGAUCAUCAGCGCUUGGAACUACCCUUGGCAGCUCGCCCUCGGCCCGCUCGUCGGCGCCAUCGCCGCUGGGUGCCCCGCGGUCAUCAAGAUGUCGGAGCACUCGCCCGCCUCGGCCGCCCUCAUGGAGGAGCUCAUUCCCCGCUACCUCGACCCCGAGGCCUACGCCGUUGUCAACGGUGGUGUCGCCCAGACCACCAUCCUUCUCCAGAAGCAGUGGGGCCACAUCAUGUACACCGGCUCUGGAAUGGUCGGCAAGAUUGUCGCCUCCGCCGCCGCCAAGACGCUCACGCCCACCACGCUCGAGCUCGGCGGCAAGAGCCCCGUCAUUGUUGCGCCUGACGCCGACGUCAAGAUUGGCGCUCGCCGUAUCCUCUCCAUGAAGUCGUUGAACCUCGGUCAGGUGUGUGUUGCUCCCGACUACAUCCUCGUUGCCAAGGAGCGCGUCGAUGACUUCGUCAAGGCGAUUGUCGAGACAAUGGACGAGUUCUUCCCUCGCGGCAGCGAGCGUUCGUUUGUCAAGGACGGCGCGUACGCCUGCAUCCGCAACGAGCGCGACUACGAGCGCAUUGUGUCGCUCGUCGACGACCAGGACGCCAAGGGACAGCUCGUCUACCGCGCCGAGGCCGACGAGAAGCGCAGGCGCAUCGGUAUCAACGUCGUCCACCUGCCCAAGGACGGCGCUGGCGAGCAGGGCCUCCUCGUCACUGACGAGAUCUUUGGCCCCAUCCUUCCCAUCAUGGCUGUCGACGUAUGUAGCGUCGAGGCUGCCAUCAAGUAUGUCAACGCAAGGCCCCACCCUCUCGCUCUUUACGUUCUCUCCAAGAACCGCUCCUACUUUGACAAGGUCAUCCACGAGACCCUCAGUGGCUCGGCCAUCUGGAACGAUGUUGCCUUCACUCCCGUCGCCACCACUCUUCCCUUCGGCGGUGUUGGUGACAGUGGAUGGGGCAACUACCACGGCGUCCACGGCUUCAACACAUUCUCGCACCACAAGGCCAUCCUCGAGGUGCCUUACUGGCUCGAGCUCGCCCAGAAGUCGCGCUACCCGCCCAACCUCGACGCCAGCGCCCGCAAGGUCUUCAAGAUGUUCAUGGUCUCCAAGAUCAACUUCAAGCGCCCGGUCAGCGUCGAGGGCGAGCAGCAGCUCCUCCGCAGCCAGCGGAACCGCCGCACCCUCUACCUGGGCGCUCUCCUCAUCUUCCUCGGUGCUUGGGCCGGCAUCAUCGGCCGCCAAGGCGCCGAGAAGUUUGGUUCAGUCGGCGGCUGGCUCAAGGCCAAGUUCAACGUCUGAGCAGCAGGCACGCGAGCCCAGAUCUGAGCCGAGCUCCGCCCCCAAGUACCCCGCGCGCAUGUGAAUAAAAGGUCGACCCAGUCGGUUAGUUAAUGUCUUGCAAGCUUGUUACCCUUCCGAGCCCUUGUGUAGCGAUAUGCUGGGUCUCUGUCCAAGUUGACGUCGCCUGUAGUGUUGUUUGAUGCAGUGAUCCAUGCUCUACA